UCUGUUUUGUGGCUGACUACGGACUAGUACUUGUCAAUCAACAUUGGAAAAGCAGUGUAGUAUUCUGGCCACUAGGUGUCAGUAAUGUUCCAUAACAUAACAUCACGGUUACCUUCAUUCACACGUCAUGUUGUCAGCCGUGGAAUGUCCGACGCCACUUAUACUCCUUACUCAUCCCAGUUCUUCUUCUACUCUUCUAUAUGGAAUUGUCUCGCCCCCAGCCGUCUGUCUGCCCGGGCCCGGUGAGGAGUCGGAGCCAUGUCUCAUUUCGACGUGAAGGAGUUCGGUGAAGCGGCGCCGUUUUUACGCAAGUCCGAACUGGAGCAGUUGGCGCUGCAAACCAUCCCGUUCGACGGCAAGAAGCGAGCGUGGAUCCCUGAUGAGAAAGAAGCGUACAUCGAAAUUGAGAUCAAGGAGCUGGCUGGUGACAAAGUCAUCGUUCAGACCAAAGAUGGGAAGACGCGGACCGUGAGGGAUGGCGACAUCCAGCAGAUGAACCCACCCAAGUACGACAUGAUAGAAGACAUGGCCAUGUUGACGCACCUCAACGAGGCCUCCGUCCUCUACAACCUACGCAGACGCUACUCGUCCUGGAUGAUCUACACAUACUCGGGCCUCUUCUGCGUUACGGUGAACCCGUACAAAUGGCUGCCGGUCUACACGCCCCCCGUGGUUGCCGCCUACAAAGGCAAACGCCGCUCUGAGGCGCCGCCGCACAUCUACUCCAUCGCAGAUAAUGCCUACAAUGACAUGCUGCGUAAUCGGGAGAACCAGUCCAUGCUCAUCACCGGAGAAUCCGGUGCUGGCAAAACUGUCAACACGAAACGUGUCAUUCAGUAUUUUGCCAUUGUGGCAGCUCUCGGGGAAGCAUCUGCUAAGAAAGCACAGCAGGGUCCUGCCACCAAGACGGGGGGGACCUUGGAAGACCAAAUCAUCGAGGCCAACCCUGCCAUGGAGGCCUUUGGGAAUGCCAAAACUCUGAGGAAUGACAACUCAUCCCGUUUUGGGAAAUUUAUCAGGAUUCACUUCGGCCCUACGGGAAAACUGGCUUCUGCUGACAUCGACAUAUAUCUUCUGGAAAAAUCCAGAGUUAUUUUCCAGCAGCCGGGCGAGAGGAGCUACCACAUCUACUACCAGAUCAUGUCUCAGAAGAAACCAGAACUCUUAGAUAUGCUGCUGGUGUCCUCCAACCCGUACGACUACCACUUCUGCUCCCAGGGGGUGACCACUGUGGAGAACCUGGACGAUGGACAGGAGCUGAUGGCCACUGAUCACGCCAUGGACAUCCUGGGCUUCCUGCCCGACGAGAAGUACGGCUGCUAUAAAAUAGUGGGCGCCAUAAUGCACUUCGGCAACAUGAAGUUCAAGCAGAAGCAGCGUGAGGAGCAGGCGGAGGCCGAUGGCACCGAGAGUGCGGACAAGGCCUCCUACCUGAUGGGGGUCAGCUCAGCCGACCUCAUCAAAGGCCUCCUUCACCCCAGAGUGAAAGUGGGCAAUGAGUAUGUGGUGAAGGGGCAGAAUGUUGAACAGGUUAACUAUGCUGUCGGCGCGCUGGCCAAAGCCACGUACGACCGCAUGUUCAAAUGGCUGGUGGGAAGGAUCAACAGGACCCUGUACACCUCGCUGCCUCGCCAGUUCUUCAUAGGAGUCCUGGACAUCGCUGGUUUUGAGAUCUUUGACCUCAACAGCUUCGAGCAGCUGUGCAUCAACUUCACCAACGAGAAACUGCAACAGUUCUUCAACCAUCACAUGUUCAUCCUGGAGCAGGAGGAGUACAAGAAGGAGGGCAUUGAAUGGACCUUCAUUGACUUCGGCCUGGACCUUCAAGCCUGCAUUGAUCUCAUUGAGAAGCCUCUCGGCAUCAUGUCCAUCCUGGAGGAGGAGUGCAUGUUCCCCAAAGCCACGGACAGCAGCUUCAAAGCCAAGAUGUACGACAAUCACAUCGGCAAGUCGCCCAAUUUCCAAAAGCCACGGCCGGACAAGAAGCGCAAGUACGAGUCCCACUUCGAGCUGGUGCACUACGCGGGAGUGGUGCCGUACAACAUCAUUGGCUGGUUGGACAAAAACAAAGACCCACUGAAUGAGACGGUGGUGGCGUGUUUCCAGAAGUCGUCCAACAAGCUGCUGGCCUCGCUCUAUGAGAACUACAUUGGCUCGGAUUCAGAUCCGAAGACGGGCGGCAAGGAGAAGAGGAAGAAGGCCGCCUCCUUCCAGACCGUGUCUCAGCUUCACAAGGAAAAUCUGAACAAGCUGAUGACGAACCUGCGCAGCACCCAGCCUCACUUUGUGCGCUGCAUCAUCCCCAACGAGACCAAGACGCCAGGGAUCAUGGACUCCUUUCUGGUGCUGCACCAGCUCCGCUGCAACGGGGUGCUGGAGGGCAUCAGGAUCUGCAGAAAGGGCUUUCCCAACCGCAUCCUCUACGCCGAGUUUAAGCAACGCUACCGUAUCCUGAACCCCCAAGCCAUCCCAGAUGAUAAGUUUGUGGACAGCAGGAAAGGAGCAGAGAAGCUGCUGGCGUCCUUGGAUAUCGACCAUAACCAGUAUAGAUUUGGACACACUAAGGUCUUCUUCAAGGCCGGUCUGCUGGGCCACUUGGAGGAAAUGAGGGAUGAACGUCUGGCUAAAGUUCUGACGCUGCUGCAAGCCGUCGCCCGAGGCAAAAUCAUGAGGAUGGAGCUGAGGAAGAUGACGGAAAGGAGGGAGGCUCUGAUGAUCAUCCAGUGGAACAUUCGGGCCUUCAACACGGUGAAGAACUGGCCCUGGAUGAAGCUCUUCUUCAAGAUCAAACCCCUCCUGAGAAGCGCGGCCACCGAGAAGGAGCUGGCCGCUCUGAAGGAGGAGAUGACCCAGCUGAAGGAGGCCUUGGACAAAUCGGAGGUGAAGCGUAAGGAGCUGGAGGAACGGCAGGUCAGCCUGAUCCAGGAGAAGAACGACCUCUCUCUCCAGCUCCAGGCGGAGCAAGAUAAUCUUGCGGACGCCGAAGACCGCUGUGACCUGCUGAUCAAAACCAAGAUCCAGCUGGAAGCCAAAGUCAAGGAACUCCUGGAGAGGCUGGAGGACGAGGAGGAGAUGAGCGCUAAUGUGUUGGCCAAGAAGCGAAAGCUGGAGGACGAGUGUGCCGAGCUGAAGAAGGACAUCGACGACCUGGAGAUCACCUUGGCCAAAGUGGAGAAGGAGAAACACGCCACGGAGAAUAAGGUGAAGAACCUGAUCGAGGAAAUGUCCGCUCUGGAUGAAAACAUCAUGAAGCUGACCAAGGAGAAGAAAGCCCUCCAGGAGGCCCACCAGCAGACCCUGGAUGACCUUCAGGCAGAAGAAGACAAAGUCAACACUCUGACCAAAGCCAAGGCCAAGCUGGAGCAGCAAGUGGAUGACCUGGAGGGCUCCCUGGAACAGGAGAAGAAGCUGCGCAUGGACCUGGAACGAGCCAAGCGGAAGCUGGAGGGGGACCUGAAGCUGUCCUUGGAGUCGCUCAUGGAUCUGGAGAACGACAAACAGCAGACCGAGGAACGUCUGAAAAAAAAAGACUUUGAGAUGAACGAGAUGAGCUCCAAGAUCGAGGACGAGCAGGCGUUGGUCAACCAGCUCCAGAAGAAGAUCAAGGAGUUGCUGGCCCGCACCGAGGAGCUGGAGGAGGAGCUGGAAGCCGACAGGGCCUGCCGGGCCAAAGUGGAGAAGCAGCGCGGCGACGUGGCCAGGGAGCUGGAGGACCUGAGCGAGCGUCUGGAGGAGGCCGGCGGGGCGACGUCGGUCCAGAUCGAGAUCAACAAGAAGCGAGAGGCGGACUUCCUGAAGCUGCGCCGCGACCUGGAGGAAGCCAUGCUGCACCACGAGGCCACCACGGCCGCCCUGAGGAAGAAGCACGCCGACAGCGUCGCCGAGCUGAGCGAGCAGAUCGACAGCCUGCAGCGAGUCAAGCAGAAGCUGGAGAAGGAGAGGAGCGAGGCCAAGAUGGAGGCCGACGACCUGGCCUCCACCGUGGAGCAGCUCUCCAAGGCCAAGGCCAACACGGAGAAGACGUGUCGUCUGUAUGAAGACCAGAUGAACGAGGCCAAAGCCAAAGCGGAGGAGCUUCAGAGGCAGCUCAACGAGAGCGGCACCCUCAAGGCCCGCGCUCAGGCUGAAAGCGCCGAGCUGGGCAGGAAGCUGGAAGAACGCGAAUCCACCGUCUCCCAGCUCCAGCGUGCCAAGACCUCCUUCGGCCAAAAUGCGGAGGAGCUGAAGAAGCAGCUGGAAGAAGAAACCAAGGCGAAGAGCGCCCUGGGGCACGCCCUUCAGUCUUCUCGCCACGACUGCGACCUCCUCAGGGAGCAGUACGACGAGGAGCAGGAGGCCAAGGCGGAGCUGCAGAGAGCUCUGUCCAAGGCCAACGCUGAGGUUGCACAGUGGAGGACCAAAUACGAAACGGACGCCAUCCAGAGGACUGAAGAGCUGGAGGAAGCCAAGAAGAAGCUGGUGACGCGUCUGCAGGAGGCCGAGGAGACCAUGGAGGCCUCCAAUGCCAAGUGCUCCUCUCUGGAGAAGACCAAGCAAAGACUCCAGACAGAGAUCGAAGACCUGAUCAUCGAUUUGGAGCGGGCCAACGCUGCGGCUGCGGCCCUGGACAAGAAGCAACGGAACUUUGACAAGGUGCUGGCUGAGUGGAAACAGAAGUAUGAGGAGUGUCAGACGGAGCUGGAAAGUUCUCAGAAGGAGGCUCGUGGCCUGAGCACCGAGCUCUUCAAGCUGAAGAACUCCUACGAGGAGACACUGGAUCAUCUUGAGACCAUCAAGCGGGAGAACAAGAACCUGCAAGAGGAGAUCGCUGACCUGUCUGACCAAAUCAGCCAGGGAACCAAGACCAUCCAGGAGCUGGAGAAGCUCAAGAAGGCUCUGGAGAUGGAGAAAAGCGAGAUCCAAGCGGCGCUGGAGGAAGUCGAAGGAACGCUGGAACACGAAGAGAGCAAAUCUCUGCGGAUCCAGCUGGAGCUCAACCAGAUCAAGGCGGACGUGGACAGGAAGUUGGCGGAGAAGGAUGAAGAAAUCGACAACCUUCGCCGCAACCACCAGAGAGCCCUGGACUCCAUGCAGGCCACCUUGGACGCCGAGGCCAAGUCUCGCAACGAGGCGGUGCGGCUGAGGAAGAAGAUGGAGGGCGACCUGAACGAGAUGGAGGUGCAGCUGAACCACGCCAACAGGCAGGCCUCCGAGUCCCAGAAGCUCCUGAGGAACCUGCAGGUUCAGCUCAAGGACACGCAACUGGAGCUGGACGACAGCGUUCACAAGAACGAGGAGCUGAAGGAGCAGGUGGCCGUGACCGAGCGCCGCAACAACCUUCUGGCCGCUGAGGUGGAGGAGCUCAGGGUUCUCCAGGAGCAGAACGACCGCGCUCGCAAGCUGGCCGAACACGAGCUCCUGGAAGCCAGCGAGAGGGUCAACCUUCUGCACUCGCAGAACACGGGGCUGAUCAACCAGAAGAAGAAGCUGGAGAGCGAUCUGUCCAUGCUGUCAAACGAGGUGGACGACGCGGUGCAGGAGUGCCGCAACGCAGAGGAGAAGGCCAAGAAAGCCAUCACUGAUGCGGCCAUGAUGGCGGAGGAGCUGAAGAAAGAGCAAGACACCAGCGCCCAUCUGGAGAGGAUGAAGAAGAACAUGGAGCAGACCAUCAAAGACCUCCAGAUGCGUCUGGACGAGGCUGAGCAGAUCGCCCUCAAGGGCGGCAAAAAGCAGCUCCAGAAGCUGGAAGCCAGAGUGAAGGAACUGGAGAACGAGCUGGAGUCGGAGCAAAAGAGGAACCAAGAGCAGCAGAAGACAGUCCGCAAAUACGAGAGGAGAGUCAAAGAGCUGUCCUAUCAGGCCGAGGAGGACAAGAAGAGUCUGGUCCGCCUUCAGGAUCUCAUCGACAAGCUGCAGGCCAAAGUGAAGAGCUACAAACGUCAGGCUGAGGAAGCGGAGGAGCAGGCCAACACCAACCUGGCCAAGUACAGGAAGAUCCAGCACGAGUUGGACGAUGCGGAGGAGAGAGCCGACAUGGCCGAAACCCAAGUCAACAAGCUCCGCGUCCGCACCCGAGACCAAGGGACCAAGCUGGCGGAGUGAUGGACAGGCGGAGUGAUGGACAGGCCGCGUCCCCCAGACGGCGGCGAGCGUGGCUUGGAAGCUUUGUGUGAAUUUACCGUAGAAGAAUCCCACAAUCCAACAGUAACGGUCUGAAGAAGUGACUUUAUUGGACAAACGAUGGUUAAAGAAAGGAAAUGAAUUUCAACGUGGAGACCAGAAGGAGGUUCUUACAGACGCCAAACCAAGUUUACUGUGAUUGUAACAAGCUUUGCUAUUUUCAAGCACAAAUUGUACCAGCAGAUGUUUGAAUAAACGCCGCCAUGAGUG